AUGAGUGGAAAACAAUUGUGGGUCAAAAAGACAGUGGUCAAUAAUAACCAACAACAACAACCAUCAUCUCCCAAUACAGCAACAACAAACAAUAAUACUCCAACAAGUAAUACAACAACUCCGAAUGUUACCUCAGGAAGUGAUCAAUCAUCUUCAACCCAACCAAAUAAUCCUGCCAGCACAUCACCAUCUUCAACUCUAAAGAUUACUUCAACACUCAAACACAAUGCCACUCCAUUUACUCCCCAAAACUUUGUACCCCUUACACAACCUCAACCUGUCCCAACACCACAACCAGUUCCUCCUGUACUAGUAGCUGAAAAACAACCACACCCUAAAAAGAAUCACCCAAAGAAACAACAUCAAAAGGCUAAUCAAGGAAAUAAUAAUCAACAAAAUAAUCAAGGAAAUAAUGUCGGAAAUAGUAAUACUAAUAAUAAUAAUAAUGAACAACAUUAUGGAAGUCUUUUGAAGAACAAGACAAAAGUAAUUAUUAGAAAUAUUCCCUAUAAUUUUACAGAGCAGGAUUUUAUUGUGAAAUGUGCUCCAAAGAGUUUUGUUACAGAGCAAGUAAAGCAGCAACAACCUCCUGUUGUAGCUAGUGCCACACCAACUUCGGAACCUAGCACUCCAACCCUACCAGAAAUUCCACACUUUAUCUAUGAUCCUAAAAAGAUCACAUGGUCCGACUUUCAUGUUGGACACAAGACCAUGACUCAGGUAUUUUCAAGUAUUGCUUAUUUGAAUUUUGCAAGUGUUUCCUUGUUGCAUCAGUUCAAAAAUGAAUUUUAUGAGGAGUUGAAGAGCAAGCAAUCAGUUGCUCUUUCUUCCUCUGUUCAAAUCACGGAUGAUGAUGUUGAUGAAAGUCCAGUACCUACAUUGGCAGCUACUAAUACCUCAAUAUGGAGAGAAACACCAAUGACUAUUGAAUAUUGUCCUCUACAAAUGGUUCCAAAGCCAAAGAAGAAAGAUCCAAGAGAUGGAACAAUUUUCAAGGAUGAACAUUAUUUAAGAUUUUUGGAACAACUAAAGCAACCUAAAGAUCUCACAUUACAACCUCUUAGUUUGGAUAAUAGUUCUACGACAAGUGGACUUGGUCUUGAUGGCGGAGAAAGCUCUGAUGGAAGUACUUCAAGCAAAAAACUUGGUACAAAUAUUCCACUUGCUCUUGGAGGUGUUGGAGCUUCAUCAAGUUAUACUAAGAAAACUGACGAACCUAUUAUUUCACCAUUAUUGAAGGAAUUACUUGAAAAGAAAAAUAAGAAGGGAGCUAAUCAAAAUAAUGAUCCAAACAAACCAAAGGGAAACAAUCCUAAGAAGUCUGGAAAGCCUCAAUACAAGAGAAAAUACUAA